CAGCCGACACAAAGAAGGGAGCUAAUCUAACGGCAGCAUCUAACGCGGCACUGAGAGGAUUUAGACUGUCAUUUUAUACACCUUUUCUCCAAACUGUGGAUAUUGAUACAGCUUAUAAAAGAAAUGUGACCAAUGACUGAGUUUAAACCAGUGUUUAAAAUGUUAUGACGAAGUCGCUAUCUGCUAACGUCAGCUAGCCACUUAGCUGGUUAGCUUUCGGUUGCCUGACAACAGAAGCCAAACAAACACCGCUAGCAGGUUAGCAGUGCUAAUCUGCUAAAGGUGCUAGGUUUUUACAUUUUCCACGCAAACGUGAAACUUGCAGGAUGGCUGAGGACGGCAGACGCGGCGACGAGGAGGACCGAGGGCCCGGAGCGGCUUACCGGGGGGUCGUAGUGAUGGAGAGCCUGCUGGAGAAGCUGAAUGUACUCGACUAUGAGGAGGAGGUUCUGGGCAAACACAACAUGAAGAGCCUGUCCAGGCAUUACUUCGUCUCCAGUCCAUACCUGGCGUCUAACCCCGGCGAGCAGUUCUACAUGUUCACCAUCAUCGCAGCGUGGCUCAUCAAUGUGGCGGGGAGGCCGUUUACCGAGCCACAGGAGUACGACGAACCCAACGCCACCGUGUCCAACAUCCUGGCAGAACUGCGGGCCUUUGGUGUUAAGGUGGACUUCCCGCCCUCCAAACUGAAGUCGGGCUCAGGCGAGUAUGUCUGCUUCGUGCUGGACCGACUGGCCGAGGAGGCGCUCAGGAGGAGAGGUUUCACCUUCAGGAAGACAAACUACCCAUCAGAAAACACAGAAGAAGAGUCUGUGGUGGAGGACGACGCCGAGCUCACGCUCAGCAAAGUGGAGGAGGAGCUGAUCGACGAAGGGGACGAGGAGGAGGAGAACGUGAUGGACCUGGAGGCUCUGAAGUUACGAAGCACUCACACUGAAGCUGAGACGUCCUCCAAACCCGACGAGAUCCUGGAGUCGACGGUCGACGCGACAGAGUGGAACCUGGAGGUGGAGCGAGUCCUGCCGCAACUCAAAGUCACCAUCAGGACCGACAACAAGGACUGGAGGGUCCACGUGGACCAGAUGCACCAGCACAGAGACGGGAUCCAGUCCUCACUCAAGGAGGCCAAGAGCCACCUGGACAAGCUGCAGGAGGACAUCGGGAAGACGCUGGAGAAGGUGAGCAGCAGAGAGAAGUACAUCAACAACCAGCUGGAGCAUCUGAUCCAGGAGUACCGCAGCGCCCAGGCCAAACUCAGCAAGGCCAGAGAGCACUACCAGCAGGCCAGCGGAGGAGUGACGGAGAGAACCAGAGUGCUGGCCGAGAUCAGCGAGGAGCUGGAGAAGGUGAAGCAGGAGAUGGAGGAGAAAGGCAGCAGCAUGUCUGACGGAGCUCCGGUGGUGAAAAUCAAGCAGAGCCUGACGAAGCUGAAGCAGGAGAUCAUUCAGAUGGACGUGCGGAUCGGCGUGGUGGAGCACACGCUGCUUCAGGCCAAACUCAAGGAGAAGUCCAACAUGACGCGAGACAUGCAUGCCACCAACAUCCCCGAGCCCGCCGCCGGGCCGUUCGCCUAGACCCGACCCAGCAGCCUAGACCCGAAAAACCCGGCGAGGUCCGACUCCUCUAAAAGGACCUGAAAGGCUCAGGAAACUGAAAAAUGUCUUCACAUCUAUUUAUAACCAACAUAUUUUUCUAUUUCCUGUAAUGGAUGUUUUUAUGUCUUUGAGGGAUUUUUAUAAACUUAAAGAAUUUCUCUGUUAAGCUCAAUGAUUCAAAUCCAUUAAUCAGAUUGACCACCAGAUGGCGACAGAGUUGCAGAUAAAGGGCUUGUUAUUGAACUUUUAAAAGUAUAAUAAUCGAAGCAUAUUUGAAACUUUAGUUAGCAUAGUUUUUAUUUUUGUACUAAAUAUUGUAAACACUAAAUAAAACCUUAAAAAACAGAAAAUCAA